UGACUCGGUUGUGCGUCAGAGACAGAGAGAGAUCUCAGUUCGGCCGCCAUCCACUGCUGUCUCCAGCUCAGCUCGCCAUGGAGGACCAGAGCUCCAAGCCCAUCCGUUGCAAAGCGGCGGUGUGCAGAGCCGCCGGCGAGCCUCUCGCCAUCGAGGAGAUCGUCGUCGACCCGCCGAGGGCGUACGAGAUCCGCAUCAAGAUCGUCUGCACCACGCUCUGCCACACUGACAUCACCUUCUGGCAAGCUAAGGUGGCGCCAGCGUUUCCGAGAAUCUUAGGCCACGAGGCCUACGGGGUGGUGGAGAGCGUGGGCGAGCACGUGGAGGGCUUCGCCGCCGGCGACGCGGUGGUGCCAACGUUGCUGGGCCAGUGCGACCACUGCCCCAGCUGCGCGUCCGAGCACAACAACCUCUGCUCCUCGGUGCCGAUCACCUUGGCCCCCGGGAUGCGGCGCGACGGCACCACCCGGUUCCGCGACGCGCAGGGGAACCCGCUGCACAACCUCUUAGCCGUGUCCAGCUUCAGCGAGUACACCGUCGUGGACGUGACCCAGGUCGUCAAGGUCGACCCCGCCAUCCCGCCCAAGAUAGCCUGCCUCCUCGGCUGCGGCGCCGGCACCGGUGUGGGAGCUGCGUGGAGGUUGGCCAAGGUGGAACCUGGUUCGUCAGUUGCAAUCUUUGGUCUGGGAUCGGUCGGAUUGGCGGUGGCACAAGGCGCAAAAAUGUGCGGAGCGUCCAAGAUUAUCGGUGUAGAUCUGAACCCUGAAAAGGAGAAAGUUGGGGAAGCUUUCGGCGUGACGGAUUUCGUUAAUCCAACGCAGAUAGACAAAAGCUCCGUCAGUGAGGUUAUCAGCGAGAUGACCGGCGGCGGCGUCGAUUACAGCUUCGAGUGCGUCGGCUUGCCCUCGGUCAUGACCGAUGCGUUCAGAAGCACCAGGACGGGCAAUGGCAAGACGAUCAUCCUGGGACUGGGGAACCAAACCGACCUGCUGUGCGUGCCGGCCCUGGAGCUCCUGUUCGGCAAGUGCCUCAUCGGAUCGGCCUUGGGCGGGAUCAAGCCCAAGACCGACAUCCCGAUCCUCGCCGAGAAAUGCAUGAGCAGGGAGCUGGAGCUGGACGGCCUGGUCACGCACGAAGUAGGCCUGCGGGAGAUCAACACGGCCUUCGACCUGCUCCUGCAGGGGAAGAGCUUGCGCUGCAUCAUAUGGAUGGACAAAUGAUUAUUGUCGUUAAAAUUGUGGCUAUGGAAAAUGAAUAAAGACGGUGGAGCAGCAGGAAAAAAAAAUGUCGCCGCGUUUCAGUUUGCAUGCAUUGCUGAUGUGCCGUUCUAUAGUUUUUCUUUUUCCGAAAAGGGAAAUUUUAUUUCUAAAGGUCGUGUAUCUUGAGAGCUGCAAUUCGUCGCAAAUAUAAGAGCAGUUUACCUCCA